GUCUACAUGGUGUGGGCAGGAUAUGCUCUGUAACCUCUUCUGUGUCUCUCAGCUAGAAUUAGCCCUGUAGAUUUAGCCUUUAGCAUCGAUGUCCAGGUCUUUUUGACAAAACCCUCCAAAUUUUCUACGUGUGCACACACAACCACACACACCUCAUGUUUCUUUAGCAGUCUGGGUGUUCUGCAGGUGAAAGAGAAACAACGCUGGCAGAGAAGACCUGUGCAUGGCUAUAUGUGUGACCGUUUACUCACGGUUUCCCACACAGCCUUAGCUAACGGCUAACUCUAUAAGGAGGACAUUUCUGCAUUGACUUUAUUUCCUUUUUGUUUAUUUUUUUGUGGCAACUUCGGCUCGACUAGUUAAAGUCAAACAGGAUUUAAGUUUGAAAAAAGGACUCAAAAGGACUUCCUUUGGACAUUUUUUGUCUCAAAAGCUCCUCUAAUUUUCUCUCAUCUAAAUUGGAUCUCAUAAAUCAUGAUGUGGGAGUUCCGCUCUAUAAUGUUUUGGCGGGCGGUGUUUGCCGAGUUUUUCGGCACCAUGUUCUUCGUGUUCUUUGGGAUGGGCGCAGCGCUUCGCUGGACCUCUGGUCCGUACCACGUCUUCCACACUGCCCUCUGCUUUGGUUUUGCUGCCGCCACACUGAUCCAAUCCAUCGGCCACAUCAGUGGAGGACACAUCAAUCCGGCCGUCACCUUCGCCUACCUAGUUGGCUCUCAGAUGUCUCUGUUCCGCGCUUUCUUCUACAUUUGCGCUCAGUGCCUGGGGGCCCUUGCAGGAGCUGGAGCCCUCUAUGGAGUUACACCCAACAAUAUGAGAGGCACAUUGGCACUUAACACGCUGCAGCCAGGCAUGAGCCUGGGCAUGGCGAUCACAGUGGAGGUGUUCCUCACCAUGCAACUGGUGGUCUGCGUCUUUGCUGUCACAGAUGAGCGAAGAAACGGACGCCUGGGUUCUGCCGCUCUGUCCAUUGGUUUUUCCAUUGCCAUGGGCCACCUGAUGGGGAUGUACUACACUGGAGCAGGUAUGAACCCCGCCAGGUCUUUCGGUCCUGCUGUUAUCAUGAGGAAUUUUAUUAACCAUUGGGUGUACUGGGUGGGGCCCAUGAUUGGUGGUGCUAUGGGUGCCAUCCUGUAUGAUUUCAUGCUGUUCCCCCGUAUGCGGGGUCUUUCUGAGAGACUAGCCACUCUCAAGGGCAGCCAACCUCCAGAGGCCAAGAACCAGCAGGAGACCCGCGGUGAGCCCAUUGAGCUCAAGACUCAAACCCUUUAAUCCUGUAAAGAACCUUUGGAUGGAAAUCUGGCUCUACUUCACUGGACCAUCUCACUGCCCCAACAAACAGCCUUUAUACCUCAAAACAUACUAGAAAAUACAUACCAGAUUAAAUCAAAUCUGGGUGGGUGUGACCCACCCAUAAGGCCACGUAUCUACUAAGUUACUGACAAUAAAAUCAGGGGACAGUUCACCCAAAAAUGAAAUUUAAUCACCUUUAUUUUGUUCAAAAUCCAUAUGACUUUCUUCCAAGGAACACUAAAAGAGAUGUUAGGCAGAAUAUUAGCCUUAGCAACAUUUACUUUCAUUACAUCUCUUUUUGUGUUCCACAUGAAAAAAAAAGAAAGAAAGAAGUUAUACUGGUUUGGAACAACAUAAACAAGGAGUAAAUGAUGACAGAAUUUUCAUUUUUAGGUGAACUAUCCCUUUAAGGGACAUUAAGGGAAAUUCAGCUACACUCUUGAAAUUCUGUCUAAUAUUCUAGGUUUGUUCCUAUAUGCUGAUAUGUUGUUGAAAUGCAGGGCAGAGGGCGGUGCUGAGUCAGCGGUCCAGGUGGCAGAACCAGCGGGAUGUGGGCAGGGUGUGUGAAGUGGGUGGGGUUUAUUGUAGGAGGGGCUAGCACAGUUUAUUUAGGCAUGCUUUCCACUUUUCAUCUGAUUACAUUUUCAAUUUUAUGUUCUACAAUGUAUGCAACUUAGCAGGGUUUUACACUUUUUUCAUAUAUUUUUUUUCUUUUUAUUUCUGUGUGAGAGUUCAUGUGUGCAUGCAGGUGAGUGCUACAGUGUGUGGGUCUUUUUGUGUGUGUGAGGGUGUUUAGGAAGAUGUGCCCAGGUAUGUGUGUGUUUAUUUUUGGUUUUUAUCAUUACAGCUCGCCCAUGUUUGUAUCAUGCUUGUUUUUUUUUUUUUCUUUCUUUCUUAUUAUUUUUACGGGAAUCUAAGACAUCCCAUACUGUAUUGUUUGCAAUGAUAUUCCAUUCACUUUGACUUACACACAAUCCACCCGUGGACUGACAGCCGUCUUUACCACCAGUCUUUGCUAUGACUUAAGUAUAAAGUGUCUGUGUUGCCUUUCAUUUAAUCUUGUUUGAGGAUAACAUCCAUGACUGGGCAAGAGAAAUGGCAAUAUUGAUGUCAAUUAGAAUCAUAUCUGAAUGCAAAUAAAUACAUGGAAAAGAAAGCGUUCUUGUAUAUAUCGCAUGGGCACACACUGCAGUUUGCUUAUAGUAAAGAUGCUGCAUGUGAAAUUGUAUAACCUUUUGUGUCAGUCUGGGUUCAAUACAAGUUAAGCUCAAUUUACAGCUUUUGUGGCAUAAUGUUGAUUACCACAAAAAGUAUUUUGAAUCAUCCCUCAUUGAAAAAAAAAAUACAAUAAUAAUUAUAAUUAUAAUAAAGCCAUUACAGUAAAAUGCUGGAAGUGAAUGGGGCCAGUCC